GGCUUCUGCGUCAUCAACAACGAGCGUGCCCGCACGCUCUACGCCGACUGCGAGCGCGUGAUACUGACCUUCGCCACGCAGCCGUUCGGCGAGAGCCGCCAGGGCCUGAAGCUUCCCGCCGCGAAGAAGCAGCGGGUGGACGCUCUGACGCUCGACCUCACCAUGGUGAGGGACUCCGAGACCUUCGACUGGUCGCAGGCGCCGCUCGAGGAGGGCGCGCUCCUGCGCCUCGAGGCCCCGCCCGCCGCCGAGGGGGAGGGCGAGGCGUCCCUGCUGGCCGCGCAGCCCCUCCUGGAGCAGGUUCCGCUCCUGGACCAGGCCUUCCCGCCGCUCGAUGUCCCGACGCUGCCAGCGGUCGCGGCCGGAGGGGCCGAGCCUCCUCUACAAGGUGCGGGGCCCGCGGAGGGCGGCGACCCGGCGCCCGACCUGCUGGCGGCUCUGCCCGAGGAGGGCGCCGUGCCGCUCCUGCCCGCGGAGAGCGCCCUGGCCCCGCUGGCGCUGCCGGCGCCGGGCCCCGCGCCGUCGCUGGAGCAGCUGGCGGCACCGGCCCAGCAGCUGGUGCUGGUUCCCCGCCAUGUCCGCCACGGGCCACACCGGCCCACGGUGCCGGGGCGCGUGCUCGGCUUCGACCAGGAGGCCUCCGCGCCUCCCGCGGCUCUCGGCUCCGGCGCGUCGACGGCUCGCCUGCAGGCGACCUCGCCGAGCCAUGGCUCCUGCGGCAGAGGCCCCACGGGAGGCCCCUGCUGA